AUGGAGUAUGAUGAUGAUGAUGAUGAUGAUGAAAAUGAAGGAAAUGAUCAAGAUGAUCAAUAUGGUGAAGAUGGAGGAAAUUCUGUUCAUCAUGUUGAUGCUAGUCUUUACACCCAACCAUCAUUUCAAGAUCUAGUUUCACAAUUUGGUUCACCACCGAGCUUCACUCAAUUGGUUCAACCAUCUCAACAGCUACCUAAUAAUAAUGAUGAAGCCCCUAUAUCUUCAAAGAAAAGUUGGGAUUUGAUUGAAGAUAUUGCUCUCAUAUGUUCAGUCAUGAACACAAGUACAAAUCCAAUUGUGAGCACCAACCAAAAGAUAAGAGUGAGGUGGCAGAAAGUUAAGGAAGCUUAUGAAGCAGCGAGGAUGGAACGACCCCAUCUGAUCCCACGAAGAACCGCCGACAUGCUUAAAUGUCGUUGGUGUAGAGUUGCUCCAGCAUGUUUGAAGUGGUCUGGAAGUUAUGAUGAGGCUCUUAGGAGGAAGAAGAGUGGCACGACAGACGAAGAUGUGCUUAAAGAAGCGCAUUUAAUCCAUCAAAGAAAACACGAAGAAGACUUUGAAACUCCAACAAGUGAACCUCAAGGAGAAUCAUCCACUCGCCCCGAGGGUGUGAAGAAGGCUAAGGCUCGCAUGAUUGGGAAGAUGAUAUAUGAAUCAUUAAGCAAAAAGGAAACUCUUCAGCCAUGGGAAGCUGAUAUGAUGGUUCAACUUGGACAAUACCUUCAGAAUUACAAUCAUCAGUUUAGGAUGAGGAAACAUGUAUUUUUACGGAUAAUGGAAGCUGUCUCCAACAACGAUCCAUGGUUCACUACCAACAUUGAUGCAACUGGUAGAAAAGGUCUAAAUGCUUUACAAAAGUGUACUGCAGCUCUUCAUAUGCUAGCAUACGGGGUGGCUGCUGAUCAAGUACCUCCGAAUUAG